AUGCAACCGAAAAGCGCGAGAGCUUACAGUCCUCAUGAAAAUAAAAAAAGGGUCUUGAACUUUACAGCUGUAACUCCGCGUAUUUCUAUACCAAAACCUCCACAAACAAUUAGAAUUAAGUACGUUACAAAUUUUAAUUCAACAGAGAAAGGAAGUUUUGGUGAUGAUGCACCAAAAUUCACAAUAGGAGUGCGUAAAAAUGAUUAUAAAGAUCCUUAUGCUAUUCCAGGUCCGUCAGAUUACACAAUGCCCAAUUUGGAUGCAGGAAAGAUACCAUAUAAAAUACCUAGAUCGCCGCGAAAAGAUACAACAGAGAAUUAUACUGCAAAUAUAGACUUUAUUAUGCCACCUCCAUUAAAAUCAGUUGCUGUAAAGAUUCCAAACUCACCAAGACAGCCUCUAUAUGAAUUAUCAGAUGCACCAGGACCAUGCAAAUACAACAUCCCAUACGGAUUAACUCCACGCGGUCAUAAAAUUUCAGUUGCAAAAACAAGAGACGUUUUCGAACCUGUUUUAUCAAAUUCACUUGGCCCUGGUUGUUACGAUAUUCAUUAUGAUAAUACUAUUACUGGCGUAAGUGCCAAAAUCUCUACAGAUCCAAAAAGAGGAGAUUGGAUGAUCGCAUCGAAGAAUCCUGGUCCAGGAGAAUAUACACCUGUUGAUAAAGUCAAAGAACCUUCAUAUCUUAUCGGAAAGAAGUCAAGACCUUCAAAACAUCGUCAAGAAAAUCAGCCAAACUCAAAUCUUUAUGCAAUUGAUGCAUUUUACAUCAAUUUACCGAAAAGUAUUGAUCCAAAAGAAGUACUGAUGUAUUUAACAGAAGAACCAGCAGUUCGUGAAUUUAUUCAUGAAAUUGGCGAAAUAGUUUUUGAUAGGAAACCAGAUGAUCCAAUAGGAUACAUCAGAAACUAUUAUUCUCAAUUCAAACCAAAUCGUCAAGAUAUAAAUAAGGUUAAAAAGAAUCUUGAAAUGUUUUAA